GAGAACCGAAUAGACGUCAGACGAGCAGCGAGGCACGUUAGGCACGUCCAAAAUGGCUGGCUGCUCGGUAUAGACGGAACUGUCAGUGUUCGUAGGAAAAAUACAGAGAAAAAGCAUUAAACAAAUGUCUACCACAUUAAUCUAGUAAUAGUUUUAAGUUAUUUAUUUUGCGCUGAGUGCUUAAGUUUAGGAAAAUGUCCGCGGAACGCGAAAUACCGGCUGAGGACAGUAUAAAAGUCGUGUGUCGGUUUCGGCCCUUAAACGAUUCCGAAGAAAAGGCAGGCUCUAAAUUCGUAGUUAAAUUCCCAUCUGGCGGAGAGGAAAACUGUAUCUCUAUCGGGGGCAAAGUAUAUCUUUUCGAUAAAGUAUUUAAACCAAAUGCCACACAAGAAAAGGUCUACAAUGAAGCAGCCAAAAGUAUCGUAUCUGAUGUUUUGGCUGGAUACAACGGAACCAUUUUUGCCUAUGGUCAAACCUCGUCUGGUAAAACGCAUACGAUGGAGGGAGUGUUAGGUGACCCACAUAAGCAGGGCAUAAUCCCUAGGAUCGUCAACGACAUUUUCAACCACAUUUACGCCAUGGAGGAAAACCUAGAGUUCCACAUUAAAGUUUCCUAUUUUGAAAUUUACAUGGAUAAAAUUAGGGAUUUGUUAGAUGUUUCUAAAGUUAACCUAAGUGUACAUGAAGAUAAAAAUAGAGUUCCAUUCGUAAAAGGUGCCACCGAACGGUUCGUUUCUAGCCCUGAAGAAGUGUUUGAAUCUAUCGAAGAAGGAAAAUCUAAUAGGCAUAUAGCAGUAACAAAUAUGAAUGAACAUUCAUCUAGAUCACAUUCAGUAUUCCUUAUAAAUGUUAAGCAGGAGAAUUUAGAAAAUCAGAAAAAAUUAUCAGGAAAGUUAUACCUGGUCGAUUUGGCUGGUUCUGAGAAAGUUUCUAAGACUGGAGCUGAAGGUACCGUCCUGGAUGAAGCCAAAAAUAUAAACAAAUCCCUAUCCGCAUUAGGAAACGUUAUCAGCGCGUUGGCUGAUGGAAACAAAACUCAUAUUCCUUACAGAGAUUCCAAAUUAACCCGUAUCCUUCAAGAGUCUCUGGGAGGUAACGCGAGAACGACAAUCGUAAUUUGCUGUUCGCCGGCAAGUUUCAACGAAGCCGAAACCAAAUCCACGUUGGAGUUCGGUAAACGAGCCAAGACUGUCAAGAAUGUGGUUACGGUCAACGAGGAAUUAACCGCGGAAGAAUGGAAGAGACGGUAUGAGAAAGAAAAGGAAAAAGUCGCUAGGCUUAAGGGCAAAGUGGAGGUUUUGGAGGCGGAGCUGAAUAGAUGGCGUGCAGGAGAAACCGUCAAAGCAGAAGAGCAAGUUAACCUUAAUGAUAUUAAUGAAGCUAUUACGCCUAGUUCUGCCACGGAAGAGAGUGUGGUAGAAGCGCCAGCCGGUCCCAUGCCAGCCACUCCAGCUUUGAUGAUUGGCUCUACUCUCGGCCUGGAAGAAAGGCAAAAGUUGGAGUUAGAAAGAGAAAGACUUUACCAGCAACUGGACGAAAAAGACGAAGAAAUCAACCAACAGAGCCAGUAUGUGGAAAAACUAAAAGAACAAAUUGUCGAACAGGAUGAAUUAAUUGCCAGUACCCGUAGAGAUUUUGAAGCUCUGCAAAGCGAGAUGAAUAGGAUCCAACAGGAGAACGAGAGCGCCAAGGAAGAAGUGAAAGAAGUAUUGCAAGCUUUGGAGGAAUUGGCUGUAAAUUACGACCAAAAAUCACAAGAGGUUGACGCCAAAAACAAAGAAAUGGAGUCUUUGUCUGAGGAAUUGUUACAAAAACAAACCAACUUGAACAGUGCCACCACGGAAUUGCAGCAACUUAGAGAUAUGAGCAGUCAUCAGAGAAAGAGAAUUGCAGAGAUGCUGAGCAAUUUGCUGAAGGAACUUGGCGAAAUCGGUUCGACUUUGGGAAGCGAAGGUUCAGAACUGAAGAUUUCCAACGAUGCGGCAAAACUGGAGGAGGAAUUUACGGUUGCCAGGCUCUACAUUUCCAGGAUGAAGAGCGAGGUGACGAACCUCACGCAGCGCUUGCAAGACAUUGAAAAUAAAGAACAAGACAGUAAUAAGAAAGUUACCGAGUACGAAAAAGAACUUCAGGAGUGCCGGUUGUUAAUCUCUCAACAUGAAGCCAGAAUGAAGAGUUUGCAGGAGUCAAUGAGGGAGGCCGAAAAUAAGAAGAGAUCACUUGAAGAGUGUGUAGAUGCUCUUAGGGAAGAGUGCGCCAAGCUUAAGGCUGCUGAACAAGUUUCGUCGGCCUCUGAAAGCGAAAAGAAGGAAGCAGCGGACUUGCGCAUGGCUUUGGAACAGCAAAUGGACCAAUUGCGCGUCGCGCAUCAACAGCAAGUAUCCGCUUUAAGAGAUGAAAUCGCAGAGAAGCAACAGCUUAUUAAUGACAUCAAAGAUUCUAACCAAAAACUCUCAUUGGCCCAACAACAAUUGCAAGCCGACUACGAGAAGCUCAAGACAGAAGAGUCGGAGAAAUCCCACAAACUACAGGAAUUAAUUGCGACUAAUGACAGACGCGAGCAGGCCCGUAAAGAUCUUAAGGGAUUGGAAGAUACCGUUGCCAAGGAGUUGCAGACCCUGCAUAAUCUUAGGAAGCUGUUCGUCCAGGAUCUUCAGGCUCGUAUGAGGAAAAACAUUUCUAACGAGGACAACGAGGAAGACGGCGGUUUCCUGGCCCAAAAACAGAAGAUCUCCUUCCUGGAGAACAACCUGGAUCAGCUAACGAAAGUUCACAAGCAGCUGGUGCGAGAUAACGCUGAUUUGCGUUGCGAACUGCCCAAACUGGAGAAGAGGCUGCGCGUUACCAUGGAAAGGGUCAGGGCCCUUGAGACCGCUCUUAAGGACGCCAAGGAAGGCGCUAUGAGGGAUAGAAGGAGGUACCAGUUUGAAGUAGAUCGCAUUAAGGAGGCGGUACGUCAAAAGAACUUAGCGAGACGUGGUCCGGCCGCCACAAUCGCCAAACCGAUCCGCAGCGGUCAGUAUCCCCCGAUUAUCGGGAGCGGUGCAGCCGCCGGCGGCGCCGGAAUCAAAACGGGCGGCAAUCCGGUUGAAGACGCCAAUAAGCGUCGCUCCAUUAUCGUGGGAGGUAAAGAUUAAGCCCUGUUCUUGUAUGGCCGAGCACAGUUACAUACACGCUACACAGGGCGCUCCCGGUUAACGAUCCACACAACCGCAAAACCAGAACGAUUUUAACCCAACCUAUUAAUACCAAAAAUAUUGCUGAUACUUUUCCCUAUAUUAUUAUUCUAUUUAUCGAUUUCACUGGGCCGCGGCCCGGCUCGAUGUGCUUACGAAGCUUAGUUACAUUAAAUUAGGAGUAAGGUGCACUUAAUUCUAAAUCACUAACGAUAAUAAUUAAAUUACUGAUUAAACUUAAACAGCAAAAAAUCGUUACCGCAUACAUUUGUGUCUUUAAUUUUUGUUUUUCGGUUUAGGGAGUUGAGGGAUGAUAUACAUCUCUCGAAAUUGCUCUGUAGGCAUGUGUCAGAUUUGUCAAGUUUUCACAAGGUGAGUAUAGUUAAUAAAAUGAAAAGACUUAUGUACCAUUUUUGCUUAUAAAAUCGUACAUAUGCCUAGUAAGAACAGAAUGUUUAUUUUUUGAAAGGUAUUUUUAGGCAGGUCCAAGAAGUCUUGUCAAAUUUGACAGGUGGAAUUAUAUUUUUUAGACUAAAGAGUAUUCAUUGUAAGACUAGCUGUUUUGAGGAAUUACCACUGCAUUUUUAACUGCUUUAAAUGUUCAGAAAGAGUAUUGCUUAAUUUUAAGUAGAGGUGGCUGGUUGUUUGGUCCUAUUGUCGACUUAUUAAAAUACAAACUGUUAAUCAUGAAAUGCGAAAUGAAAUCAUGUUUUACUUGAUAGUUUAAUCUAAUUAAAUCUAUUGUAUUGUGUUUAUUGCAUUAUAAUAAAACAAAAUAUGUUCAAAAACUAGCUGCCUCCGGAAUCGUGAAUAUGGUACUAAAAACAUUGUAGAUUGAUAACAUUUAGGAUGUUCUGAUUUUAAUAAGUUUCUUUCGCAAUUUUAGUGAAAUUCGAUCCAGUAAAAUUAAGUUGCACUUAUCUUGUAUUUCUUACCCCCACAUUAUUUUAGACGAUUUUCUACUUUCUAAAAUUUUAAUUUUUAAUUCAACAAACAUGAAUAGUGUAAUUAUUGUUCUGUAUUCUUAGAAAUGUUGUAUUAUAAUUUAUAUUGUUUUUUUUUUGGUGAAAUUGCUUCGAUAACUCUUAGUUUUAAUUUAAUUUGAAAAAAUAGAGAGCUGGCUUGACUGGCGCAAGUCAGGGCUACUCUGCAAAAAAAUUUUAUAAUUUAUAAAAAAAAAAACUACAUUUCCUAGCACUGACUCCGUACUGUGCAAUUUAUAGGAAACUAGUGUGAUACCUCUGAAAAUUUUGUUGCUAAUUCCCUUGUUAAACUCUGGUUAGCAAUAAAGUUUUCACAACUACGUAUUUUUUUUCUUAUUUUUUUUUGUGAUUACGUUCCUUUAUUUCCUUGCCCUUUAUAUGUGUUGAAAAAUAUCAUAAUUUUCUGGUGCACAAUUUUCAGGAAUAUAAAACGGGAUAUCUGCUGUAGAUAAUACUAUGAAAGAUUUUGUUGUCUUUUUUUACAGUGGCUAAAAUUUGUGUAGUAGUUAUAUAUUUUUUAGAAAAUGCUUAUAUAAGUCGAUGAUGCAAUUUAUUUAUUUAACUCAUGAAAAUUAUUAUUCUAAUAAACGGUGGAAAAAACAGUA